GCAUCAGACCCAGUGUUACACGGUUGUUAUUGCCUUCAAGUUGUAGAGUUGACAGCUUCUACCUGUGUUUAUUAUGUGUAAAUGUAAGAUUAGCAGACACAGAAGAAUACUAGCUUAGGGCGUAUAGCGGCUGAGUCAGGUAUCACUAGGGCAUUGCGUUUUGACAUGGAAGCUUGGGCCGACCUGGCUACUGCUUUAGACGAGAGUUCUGUUUUUCUUAGCCGUACCAGGUGUGCCAGCAGCAGCAAUAACAAAAAUUUUAACAUAGUAUCGAAGCAACCCAAACAAACAAAUAAAGGUUUUUGUCGUCGCAGAACAAAAUCAACGGGAAAUAUUAUCGACAAAGCUGGUAAUUCGAGCAGCAAUAGUGAAGCGGAAAUGGAAGAUUUCCGAGAACAGGCACACUCCAGCGUGCAGCAGACUGAAACAGAUGAAGGUAGCAUCAAAGAAAAGGUGGCUCUGUCUACCAUGCCUUCUGGGAUACCAUUUGCCAUCCCGUCCUUGCAAACCUCUUCAUUUGGAACACUAGCUAGUCCUUCCAGAUCAAUACUUGUAAAGACCACAGUACAACCAUUGAGUGUUGCGGAGUCAGAUUCCCUUAAUGAGACCGCCUCCCCAUUGAGGCCUCAUACAAGAAGAAAGCGGAGGUUUAAAAGAAUGGCUGUCGAUCCAGAGCCUGUGGUUCAUGUUGGGUUAGAGUUAGAUGAAGCAAAUAGUCAACAUCUAUCUUUGGUUGGUCAACAGAAAAGCUUUUCUUUCUCAACCUUUGCAUCGUCAUCGAUUUUCGCGAAACCCAGACAACGAAAAGUCAAGAAGAAACCAGUAAAUGUUCAAAAGGUACCAAGCAUAAUAAUUGGUAAACGGAAGAGAAAUGUGCGGGAAAGGAGUAUCGAAUGCGAGCUGGAGAAAAUUAGUCUCAACUCGUCGCCAGACACGGGUACUGCAUCCAACUUGUCAGCUGCCUGUUGCAGUGCCGCCUCGUUGGUUGUCGGCCAUUUAAAUAGCGACUCCAUGGAUCUGGAUAUGAAGCAGCUCGAACAAGUCAGUAGCAGUAGUGUUAGUGGAUCAGAGUCUGAUCCCGGAUUUUAUACCUAUGACGACGGUCGUGAAGCCGAUGACGAACAAAGUGAUUGGUACCAAGAAAACGGACCGACUUGGGGCGUCCCCGGAAAUCCGUGGUGGGAGAGAGACAGCCUCCCUCGUCAAUUCCGCUUCCGUACGGCGGGCACCGUAGGCGGCGUUGAAGAACUUGAGGGUGACGAUACCGACCAGGAUGAUGCCACUGGAGAGGAAAAGAAAUUCCAACAACUCCUGAAAGGAUCGUGGCAGCAUUUGAGCGACGAAGCUAAAGAUGCCUACCGGCUACGCAUGCAGAAGCUUCGAGAUCGAAUUCCCGGACGUGAAAUCAGAGCUGGCCGACGCCACUUGGGAGCCCAAAGAGGACCAUCAUUUAGCAUAUUAACGUCUGCCAAUGAAAAAUUGUCAAGAUUCCUUCAAGAUCCAGCUCAAAGCGAAUUACGCCUCCACCCGAUGCAGAAGAGCGAACGAGAUCAACUUAGCCGUUUAGCUUCGCUCUAUUCACUUCAAAUGCUCAGUGAGGGAGCCAGAGGUCUCAAGUGCCCUGUCCUAAAAAAGACGACCAACACCAUGCAGGCAGUACGCAUUGAUAUGGAUCGUUCACCUUCGUUAUGGAGUGACUUUAAACGCCAGAGGAAGACCCCACCGGCAUCCGUCACAUCAGAGAACGAAGCUCCACCGAUCGAUGACAACAACAUCGGCGGUCAAAUAUUGAAAUGCAUGGGCUGGACCCCAGGCAGUGGCUUAGGGCCUCAAGGAACAGGCCGGACAUCUCCAGUGGAAGCCGUCGUUCGACCGAAAUAUUUAGGUUUGGGUCAUGGAUCAAAAUCAAAUGAGAUAGUUGUCGAGGAAGUGGCUUCUGUCGGGGCAGCCUCGAUGGCUAUGCUAAUGUAAAAUGAUGUGCCGACUUGAUGGGAGGUUUUGAAUCAUUGCACACAGCGGGUACCAAAGGCUUUCAAAGGCUGGUAGGUGGAAUUAGUCACAAAUGAAUAAUCUUUGACAAGUAACCGCCAAUAUUUGUAUUUGCUUUUUCUCUUACCGUGUACACUAAAUAGUUUCCUGAUCGAAAAUGUAUUGAACAGUCAGUUUGAAACGUACAA